AUGUCGACCCGGUUUGAUUUCGAGAUAAAUGCGCUCUACGCUCUUUUGACCGAUCGCGGCGAAGGGACUUCUACAUUCCACUGGAGGCUCUAUAUACACCAGUCUGCGCAGUGUGGAUACAUCUAUCAUCCGAUAAAUGAGGACAACUCGACUGGGUGGUGGUUCGACCCUCAAACCAACCGAAACUUCAUAAAUUCUGAAGGCCUUCUCGUGGCCCUCAAAAUAGACGUAUUGAGCCCUGGCCGUCACUAG